AUGUUGACGAGCCCCUCGGCUGGAAAGGCUCCCGGCAAGAGCACUUUGGCGGAUCGCUGCAAGCUGGAGACUCUGUCGGGCUUGAUGAAGCACGUGAUGGAGACCCAGUGCUCCUUGCAGGUGGACCCACGGAACUUCGUCCCGGCCUACGUCACCCGCCUGAAGACAGCCACGGACACAGCCACGGACGUGCUCUUUGACCCCCUUGCCGUCAACGUCUACCACCGCAAGAACGAGCUGCCCCAGGCUCCUAGGAGCGACGAGCAGUCGACGGUCCGCUUCGAUCCGAGCUGGGGCCUGUCCAACAGGGCAGCGGUGCAUGGGUUCGUGAAGAUGAAGAACUUCUGGUUCAUGGUCUUGCAGGGUGCCCAUCUUCCCACAGAUUCCUCGUGGCCACGGGGUGCAGGGAUGUAUCCUACCAACUUGAAGCCAGAGGCACACCACCACCGCAGCAAGUGGGUCAGCUUCCACUCCCUGGUGGUGCCAGAGGAGACGGCUGGAAGCGGUGUGCCACUCAUUGGCUCCGCGCUGCUGGGCUUCCCAUCCUUCCGCUUCAUCCUUGACGGCAAGGAGAUCUCCGUCUCCGCGGACUGA